UGUUGACGUUUAUCUCCAGCUCUCUGCUCACUGCUGGAGGAACAAAUCUCCAGGCUGUGCGAGACAAACAGACAGGCAGGCAGACAGACGAGAGACACCCCCGCAUAGUUUCCGUCAGCCUGGUGACGUCUCCGCCUCUCAGCCCGUGUGCAGAGUGACGUUGCGGGGCUGUAGUGGAGCCUCUAGCUGCAUCUUGUUGACGGUCCGCCAGGCUUUUCCAGUACUGAGAAGACCCCGCGCGAGUGAGGACGACCGACACAGGCAGCGUUUACAGGCAACGGAUCAGAACAUAAAAAACUUCAGUCACCAUCAUGCAUGUGUCUAACUACCAGAAGAUUUGUGUCAUUUGAAAAGACUUAAGGAGAGAAAAAGACUACGAAUACGAGAACUCAGUCAGCAGACAGAUACAACAAUAACCCAGUGCUUAGACAUGGCCGGCACCCAGACCAGUUUGAAAACCCCUUUCAAAGACUUCACCUCAUUCAAGGGCAACAUGAAACGGCUGUAUAGAGAGCGACUUGAAGACGCGCCCAUUAAGAAGCGAGUGAUGGCGGAGAUCAACCUGAAGCGUCGCAGCUUGGAUUCUCUCCCCAAAACUCCCAAGGUAAAGAGGGAGCAGAUCGAGGAUCUGUGCCACGACUCUGACAUGGAUGUGGAGGGCCGGGCUGAACUGCACAUGGUGAGCUCCGCUAAAGCCCUGGACCUGAGCCCCGGGCUCAAACACACACUGGCCCAGUUCACCCUCAGCAGCCAGAGCUCCCUCGGGGGCCCAGCUGCCUUCUCAGCCCGAACCAGCCACGAGCAUUCCCCAGCAGGCAUGCCCCCCCUGCCCUCCCCUCCUGUUCUGGGAGGGGGCCCUCUGCUGGUUCCCUGUGACAGCUCCACUGAACUCACCCACUCGCUGCUGGAAGGAGAGUCUAUCUCCUGCUUCAUCGUUGGGGGAGAGAAGCGGCUUUGCCUGCCCCAGGUGCUCAACUCUGUGCUCCGUGACUACUCGCUACAGCAGAUCAACACUGUGUGCGACGAGCUCUACGUCUACUGCUCGCGUUGCGACGCUGAGCAGCUGCACAUCCUCAAGGUGCUGGGCAUUCUGCCGUUCAACGCACCUUCCUGUGGCCUCAUUACACUGACGGAUGCGCAACGGUUGUGCAACGCUCUGCUGCGUCCUGGGGCAGUCUUGCCUGCCGACCCCAGCGGUAAGCUGUCGACCCAGGGCCUGCUGAAGGAGAGUGAAGCCAGUUUCCAGGUGGAGCACCAGUGUUUGGGGAAGUGCCAGGGUCUCUUUGUGCCCCAGUUCUACACCCAGCCUGAGGCGCCCUGCAUCCAGUGCGUUGAGUGCCAGUUGCUCUUUUCACCACAGAAGUUUGUCAUGCAUUCACACAAGUCACCUGAUAAGAGGACCUGCCACUGGGGCUUUGACUCAGCCAAGUGGCCCUGCUACCUGCAGCUUGCCAGGAAGUACCAAGGCAUGCCUGAGGAGCCAAAGCUCAAGCAGCUCCUGGACGAGGUCAAAGAGAAGUUCCACUACCAGCACAAGAGGUCGCUAGACAAAAAGGCAGUGGAGGAAGAGGAGAGCCAGGUGAGGAAACCCUCAGCAGAUCUCUGCUCCCCCAGCAGCAAGUUGCCCGAUGCCGACCCUGCAAGAAAGGGGAAAACAUCUCAACCUACUCUGGUGUUCAACCGUCUUUUCUCUGACAUCAAGGAGGAGCCAGGACACCCCACCCUGGUCCAUCCCAGUUACUACCUGUACACAUAUGAUAAGAUGGUGGCUCCCAACGUGUCUCUGGGGAGGGAGGCGGAGAUGAGCCCCGAGAUGUUCGGAGCACUGCUCAAACACCACUACAGCCGCAGAGUGCUGGGCCACGACGAGCCACCCAUGGAUCUUCAUGCGUCGCCUCCCGUUGCUGCUGGCGCCGAGGAGGCCAAAUCUCGACGUGCCGCUGCUGCCUCGGCCACUGAGAGGGAAUGCCAAGCCCAGGCAGUUUCCAUGGAGACAAGCGGCCCGAGCUGCAAGAAAGCCACCCGCACUCCCGCCCACACCCCUCCUCCUCCUCUUGCGUCGUUGUUAUCGCCGGUAACGGAAGUGGUGGCUAAGGACACAGGCUCUGCCACGAGCAGCGCUGCAGUAGUGGUGGGGGGGCUGGAGGACGACAAGGACAGGAUUGUUGUGGAGAUCAUGCAGAUGUACAGCAGGCAGCAGGAGAAGCUCAACUCCACCCUGCACAAGCAGCUGCAGCUGGAAAUGGAGCUGGAGGCGGUGCGCGGGGGCGAGGCGGCGAGGCUACGGGAGCUGAGCGCCGAACAGCGGGAGCUGCGCAGCGAGCUGGAGGCGGUGCACAGCGAGCAGGCGCGGCAGCUCAGCCAGGCCCGCCAGGAACAGCUGGAGCUGGAGACGCGUCUGGAGCAGCUCCGACAGCAGGCCUGCGCCUGCGAGCCAGGGGCACAACUCCAGCAAGAGGCCCACUACACUGCACAGUUGUCGGAGCUACGUCAGAGGCUGGAGCGGGCGGAGAUGGACCGGCAGGAGCUGCAGGAGGAGCUGCGCAGGGAGCGUGAGGCGCGGGAAAAGCUGGAGCGCACAAUCACCCAGCUCAAGCAGCAGAUGGUCCAGUCUGCCACGGUGGGAGGCAGCCCCUCGCCUCCUCUUACCCCUUCAACUGGACCCCCUAAUGCCCACUCCCCGCACUCCUCCUUCUCAGAGGCCCCAGCGGCUGGCCAAAAGUAACUGCCACCCCCCUCAGGCGCCUCCCUCAUUCCUCUCCCCAUCACCCGCCAACUCUACAGACACAAACAAAUUUCUUUUGCUCCACUCUCCUCUCUUUAAACAGUAUUUAAAGAUUUUUGGGCAUGUAUGUUUGAUUUAAUUUAUAGUUUUUACUGAACAAACGGCUGCUUCACAGAUGGGACUUCCCCCCCCCCCCCAAGAUUAUCACCCUCCUCCUCUCAUCUCUUCUUGCUCUAUGGAUUCUGGAGCUAAUAACUUUGAGAUUUCAGAUUUCAGCUCAGACACACCGACUCGUCACGGACGUCACUUCAUGCUACUACCUGGCACAGCAGCGGUGUCCUCGGACACAUAAUGGUGCCUGGUUGCAUGCCCCUUCACUCUGUACGUACAGCCCAAACGCUCCAGCCCAAAACGCCCAGUGACUGCAGGAAACUGCAUGGACAUUUCAAUAUUUUUGCUCUCCUUAUACAACACAGAAAGAAAAGUAUAACAUGUUAAAAACAUCAAAUCUAUAUGGAGGAGAAAGACCUUUACUGUACAAAAAAAAGACAUUUUUGCAGAUGUCGUAAAACCUCAUGAAAAUAUGCCAAUAGUGACUCUGAACUUGAAAUGAGUGUUUUUAGUAUGACCCCUACAAGGUAGCUAGCUAGCAAAUCGUCUGGCCUGGACCCCAGCUGCUCCUCAUACCGACUAGUUUCACCCUUCACUCUGCUGGGCAACACCUGGACUCUCCCGUUGUAGACCAGUCUGUCGGUUGAUUCACCACACACACACACACACACACACACACACACACACACACACACACACACACUGUCCACUGUCCACUGCUGUACGCUAGCGCCAUCAUUGCUCUCUGUUGGGAAACUCCUUAACACUGUGGUUAUCACCCACUUUAGGCUAGACAGGAAACACUGUGCUCUUUUCUUGGCUUGGCAUAAAGACGCUCGCAAGCAGUGUUAUGCACUUAACACGCUCUCCUCCCCCAGAAUCCCCUGGGAAAGGAAUGUGUCUGGACACGGGGGCUGGCUGAGCCGGUGUAGCUUUUCUAAGAAAGAAGAAAGGCAGAGUCUCUCACAUGUGCAGUAGCUGUACUGUGUUACCAUAAUACAUGCAACAUCCUUGCAUGGCCGCGCACACUCGAGUGUGUCAGUCUAGGCAUUCAGGCAGAACAAUGGCCCCAGCGUUCCCAGCAGAUGAUCAAAGCUUAAGUCUGUCCCUGUUUUCUGGGCUUCUCUUUUUGUAUCAUUUGACUUCAUUGUUAGCAGUUUUUAUCCACCACCCUGUUUGUCAGAGCGUCAUCUAAGAAUGUGGGUCGCAGGUGAAAGCAGUUAGUCCAGGGUUGUUUGGGCCUCUGGUUCGGCCCCUGCUUCACGUUGUUCUGCCUGGCUGAACAAACAGCACCAGGCAGGAAGAGGAAGAGAGGGGAGGCAAGGAUUGAGGGGAGCGCUCGGGGGCCUGGUGCACUCUCCCCCUGCGGCAGGCUGGGUGGCCUAGACGCCAGAGGUACAGAGGGAGCCCUUUUUUGUUCUGUACUGUCAGAAUGGGGGCAGCUGUUGUUGUCUGUGGGCCUCUGCCCACCCUCGGGUGAGACUGUACAGGAUCCCCCCAUCUCUCAAUAAACUCCCUCCCUUGUUCUCAAUAACCUCCCUCCCUCGUUAUCUCCCACAAAACAACUGUCACUCACUCACACAUACAUACCCGUCCAUCCAUCUCCAGUGCCAGAUCAGCUCGGGAUGUGCUGUGUUUUGUAGAUGCCCAGGAGAGCAAGCAGACGUCCAGCCAGAGGAAGAAAGGACUUCCAUUGUGUCAGUUGCCAGGCGAAAGUGCUUUUUAUUGCCACUAAGGAGAUCCGUGUGUGUGUGUGUGUGUGUGUGUGUGUGUGUGUGUGUGUGUGUGUG